UUGUUCCAUCUAAAGAAUAGGUGACUGUGGAUUGGCUCGUCAAGUCGGUGAGGAAGCGUCGGUGCUGAGGUCGGGUCGGUUCAUGGGUUAGGAUUUGUGUGGCGCAAGCAAUGUAGAUAAGUGGGCGAGUGACGUGCUGACGCAAAAACACGUCCUGAAUGUUCUGCAUAGCCUUCUUGUUUUCACUCUCUCUUAUAUAUGUUUGCCCAACGCUGACGAUGGUUAAAUGAGUUAUGCUUCCCCCUUACGUCCAUUUGGUCUAAUUUCAUUCUGAUGAUUCCAGUAUGGAAGGAUGCGCGAGCACCCCAAUAUUCAUGCCGAUCUUUCUUAGUUGAGUUCAGCGAGAAAAUUCCAGUAUGGAGAUCUGAACUUCAAAUGAAUAACGGAGUCACAAACUUUUCCUGGACUUUUGGCAAGAUUCUGCCAAAAGGAGAGAGAACAAAGAGAAGAAUGUCGGAACCAAAGAGAACCAAGCUGUGGUGGAAAUAGCGCGGCCCUUUUUUUAGAUCCACGGAAAGUGGGAUUCGUACGGUUCCCCAGUGCUCUUGCGCAGUCGUUGGUUGUAAGAAGUCUCAGCACGACAGCGUGUGAAGAGGAGCUCGCGCCAUUUCUAGACGACAGUGGAAAUUUCUGCAUGAUUGUAGGAGAAAAUGAAGCUCCUUUUCGUUCUCAACCAUGGCUGUCGAUGUUGGUUCCGCAUGCCUAACGCUCUCAUUCGACUGACUCCUCGUCCGACUCGUUAAGAGCAAAAAGGGCAAAACAGAGAGUUACUUUUCGUCCUUGUUCUUGUGCUUCCGUGGUUGUUCAAGAUCUGAACUUCGUCUUUUUCAGUUUCGGGUGUGAUGAAGAGUGUGAAGGGCAAACACGUGAUAGAGAUAAUAGAAGAAGGGGAAUUCAUCCCUCAUAGAUCUCCCGGCGCUUCGGUCGAGAGCUCCAUGAAUGCACACGACGUCAUAUGGCAUGGGCAAUCGCCUUUUGAUUGGUCCAAGAGCAGUAAUUUGCUGGAGAAUAUGGCCAGAGGUUCUGGCCAAACAACAGUGAAAGAGGCGGAGAAUGUCACGAGCAGUGGCAGUCGUGAUUCAGCCCGAGAGAAGGUGAUCUCGACUAUAAGGCUCUACAGAGAAAUUUGUCGCCAGCUCGAACGGGAAAAACCGAGAGCACGCAAAGAGGGCAGGUACGUUAAAAGGAUUGAUUUUUUGGCUGCUAAAGAGGUUAAGAGAAGAGCCGGGUACGUGCACGGCGGCAGGCAAUUCAUUGGAGACGUUCCAGGAGUGGAGGUAGGAGAUAAAUUCCGUUACAGGAUGGAGCUUGCCAUUGUCGGGCUCCAUCGUCCUCUUCAGGGCGGCAUUGAUUGCAUGGGAACCCGACCAGACAUGCUAGCCACAAGCGUCGUUGCUUCCUGGGAUUAUGAAGACGAUCUGACAAAUCCCGAUGAGCUGAUUUAUUUGGGCCAGGGCGGCAGAAUGCCCGGUCGUGACAAGGAGGCUGAAGAUCAGACGCUUACUCAAGGGAAUUUGGCACUAGCGAACAGCAUGAAGAGGAACAAGCCAGUGAGAGUGAUCCGUAAGGACUGCGAUGGCAGCUUCAUAUACGAUGGACUGUAUGUCGUUGACCGGUUCCAGAAGACAAGCAGAGUUAAAGGAAAGAUGGUGUUCGAAUUUAGAAUGAAGCGAUUGCCAGGCCAACCGGAAAUUCACCAGAAGAAGAAGAUGGAAGUACACAAGUCAUCUGGAUUAAUAAAAUCGUAAUGAGUCUCAAGUCACCUCCAUCGAUCACCAGGACCACGCCCACGCCUCGCGAUCCCUCACGCACUGUAAGUACCCAAUCUGACACGCCCACAGUUCUUGUACACCCGGUUCAGUCGCCAAGCAGCAGUACCCGAUCGCCCCACCAGCAUUUCCGGCGAAACCUGCUGGUCCUUUGCAGGUAUCCCGGCGCCCACUAGAAGCCCUGCAGUUUCUCGAAGUCCUCACCGCCAAAUCUACAACCUCUUGAGGAGACCUUAUCGCCGCCGUUCUCUGUUUCUUUCCUUUUCCGAGCCGCACCUUCCCUCCCCUGUUCAUCUCUGUUUCUGGCUGGAGGAGACUGGAAGUGGCCAAUCCCGCUAGAAGCUCCGUAACCGGUGCUCAUAUCCAUCGGAGACGCCAUCCAGAACCUCCUCGUGGGGGUUUCAACCAUUAACCGCCAUUGGGAUUUCUCCUCGGCAAGGCAAGGUCCAAAACCUUCUGUCUCGGUACCGCCAUGAUCAAGAACAGAGGUUAAUGAAACGUUAUGCGAAAACCGACUAGUAUCAGGGCUGUUGUUGACGAUUUGGUCUAAAUCUUUGCUGAUGCCAUACUGUUGAAUCGAAACGUUAAAUUUAAUCCCAGAAUCGUCUAAUUCAUUAUUGGGGGGUGUGUUUAGCUCCGUUGACUGUUGAACGUAAUCGUUACGUGUUUGAAACUGAACCAUUGAUGUAAUAAGUUUGCCAAAUUCGAGUGGAGUCCCAUUGAUUCUCAUGUCCA